AUGGAAUCUACAAGGGCCACUGAGACUAGCCUAGUGGCGUCUUCGUGGUACUUUUGCUCCGUCUGUGAGAAGCCGUUCAACGAAGAAUCGUCGUACGCACGCCAUGUAAAGUACUGCCGGCGGCGAGCGUCUAACCGGCAGCCCCUGCGGCAGAGGGCGUGCGAGGCGUGCCGCAAGACCAAGAACAAGUGCGAUUUCAAGUCACCUUGCUCGCGCUGCGCCGCUAAGCACACGCCCUGCUCAUACGUCAAGGGCUACUACCGCGCCUCGGUCCCCGCGUCGGCUUCUGCUCCUGGUCCGAGUCGCCGUGGUGCCAUCGCCAAUCCAGACCCACAUGACAGCCCCGUCUCUGCUGCCGAGCCCCCGAGCACUGCCGUCGUCCCAACCACGUCCGCCGUGCUCUCCGAGCCUAUAGUCCCACCGCUGGAUCUGGCCCCCGAAACUGAACUCGGACUGGACCAGCUCAACCAGAGCCUCACGCAGGGCCCCGCCCCAGACAACCACACAGCCGAGAAUGACGCCCUCUUCAACGAUUCCGGCGGCUCCUCCUCUCUCGUCCAGAGCUCCUUCGCCUUCACAGGCGACCAGUACGCGUCCAUGUUCUACGCGAGCCAGUCGGCCGUGGUUAACCUGCACCUCGGCCGGCCCAUCAGCGGGGGGUUCCGGUACGCCGACGUGACCGAGCUGGACUUGCUGCCGUCGCCGGACCACCACGACGGCGACGUGUUGCUGGGCCUGCUGCCCAAGAGGCCAACGGCAUCAGACCUCGUCCCGCGGCCGCACGACUCGGCGCGGCUGUUCGACCACGGCCGCGUGUUCCCCCACGACGCCCACCAGCCGACGCCGCGCACCAUGUCCAACGGAUGCCGGCAGCUCAUCGUGUCCAUCCUGCGCACCUUCCCGCGCAUGCUGGUGCGCGCGCCCACUGGCCUGCCGCCCUUUAUCCACCCACUCGGCUGCGGCCUGCACUUUGCCCAGGGCCCCGACGCCGGCGGCCUUGACGACGGCUGGGCCGCCGUGCAGCAGUUCGAGGCGGCGCCCAACGGCGCCGGCUUCAUCCCGCUCCGCCCGCUGGCCGCGUGUAUUGGUGUAGCGCACAUCUUUGUCGCGCGCACGGCUAACUCGGAUGAAUUUCUGUGGCAGACCAUCGAGGCUGAGCACAGACGGAUCCGUGCCGAGAUGCACCAGUUCACCCCCGGCGAGACCCUCGCCGCCACCCAGGCCAUGAUGCUCUACACCACCAUGCGCCUGAUGGUGUCGGGCUACGAGUACUUCCAGGCCAACCGCGGCGGGCUGAUGACCUUGAAUGACCUCUCGCGCCGCUUCUCGGAGCUGUGUCCCGGCCCGUUUAGUCCUGCGCACGUGCGGCUGCACCGGCCGACGUGGGAGGAGUGGAUAUUCGAAGAGACACGGCGACGCAUGGCCGUCGUGUGCUUCCUCAUGACUCUCGUCGUCGGGUCCGAGGCGUGCCUGGCCAUCCUCGACCCGCCAUCACUACUACUGCCCAGCAGCCGCGCGCUGUGGGAGGCAAAAGACCGCUGGUCCUGGGAGCGCGAGUUCGACGCCGCCUGGGCCGAGCUCGGCACCGUCGCCCGCCACCACCAGCACGCCGGCCCCCGCCUCGACACCAUCGGCGACCUGGCCGUCGUCAAGAACGGCCUCUCCGACCCGCGCUUCGGCGCCGGCCGCGCGGGCGCCGCUGCCGCUGCCGCGUCCGACGUCCUCGAUAGCUGGCAUGCCGGGCUGGAUGGCUUGGGCAUUAUGCUGGCGGCCGUGUUGGCGGAUCAUUAG